AUGUUGCCGGCCCGAUCCAGGUGCACGAUUCUCGGACGCGCUGUCCCCGUACCCUGCUCAGAUGCACGCGAUGGCUCGGUGUAUCCGAGGCUCGACGUGGGCGUCGACGAUCUCGUGUCCCGAGCGCGCCGGUCGGCAACUGUCGGCAAACCCGGUCUAACACACAACUCGUCGAAGGUCGGCGUACCCUCAUCCUUGUCACCACACCAGAGCUGCUUAUCGCCGUUCAUCGAAGUAGCCAUGGGGCAUUUAGACGGCUAG